AAAUGGAAACUAAUACAAAGGAUAAUGGAAAGAUGGUUUAAUGGAUGGAAUGGGACAAUUUAUAUGGGUAAAUGGAGAAGAAUAUAUAGGACAAUAUGUAAAAGGUAAAAAACAUGGAUUUGGUAAAUAUCAAUAUUUAAACAAAAUAUAUCUUGGUUUUUUUAGAGAUGGAUUUUAAGAUGGUAUAGGACUAUUUAAAAAAGGAAAUGGUUAAUAUUUUGAAACUGAAUGGUAUAAUGGGAAAUUAGAUAUUUGAAUCUAAAAUUCUAUAUAAUAUUUAGUAGUUCAAAAAUAGAUUUUCUUUUUUAUUUAACAAUCAAAAUUUUAUUGAAAUAUUAUUUGUUCCUCUGGCUUAUCUUAUAUUAAUUGUGCAUUUUAAAAUGAAAAAGAAAAAAUUUCUUUGCCCUUUUCUUGAGCUAAUUAAAAAAAAAAUUUUAAUAAAUUAAAAUUAUCUUUUAACUUGA